AUGCAGCAGAUCAGGAGGAGACCCAUACUGCUUGGAGUGAUUGUGUUGCUGCUGUUAUUUCUUACUUUAAUCGGUGUGCUACUCUUCUAUUUGUUUCGUCCCGCAAAGACCGAGGAUGACAUCGAAUACUUUCACCAGGAAGUGAAAUCUCCACCUGUAGACUUUGACAAUGUUAAACUUCAAGUUCCGAAGAAACUCCGCGUGCAACGGAAAGUGUUGGCAACAGUGACAACUACACUUGCAACGACAUUAACACAGGAUAACUCGGGAGAAGUACAGGAUUGCUCAGAACAUUUGGAUUCCGGAAAAGGAUCAGGGAUUUAUCUAAUUUCACCGAGUGAUGCCGUACCAUUUCCAGUUUUUUGCGAUCAAGAGACGGCUGGUGGAGGUUGGACGGUUAUUCGGAGACGUGUAAGCAGUAAGGUUCACUUUCACAAUCGUACAUGGGACGAGUAUGCGAAUGGCUUCGGAGAUCUUGAUGGCUAG